CCGGAUGGCAGGAGGCGGGGCACCGCGGGCCGCGGCGGGUUCACUGCUGCGCUUCCGCGGCGACGCGCCAACCGCCUCGAACGUGGCACUAGGGAAACCAACGCGCGCUUCUUCGGUCCUUUAUCCUGAUAAUUACGCCGCCCGAGCCACGGAUGGAAAGUUUGACAGCAUUUUCCACUCCGACACUGAAGCCAAGCCGUACUUGGUGGUUGACUUGGGCGCUGCCUUCAGCAUCGAGUCGGUCAGGGUCAUGCCGAGGCUUGAUUUCAACUCCUCUCGCUUCAUGGGUGUUGAAGUGCGUACUGGGCUGACACAGGUACAGGGCCCAGACUUCACAUCCUACACGAGACUGGCUCUGUUCCCUGGUCCAGCCUACCUGCCGACGACAUGGUUCACCCAGAACCUUACCCAGCCAGUCGCUGGUCGCUAUGUAUCGGUUCAGAGAACUGCAGAGCCAGGCGGCUUGCUCGAGAUCACUGAACUGGAGGUCUUUGCCCGUCAAUGAAUCAUUGUGUUGACUAAAAAAUGGACUACCUGAUUGGGAAUACUGGCAGGAAUAUUGCAAGUCAUUUCAUGUGUUACAAUGACAUAUUUGUCAAUAAAACUACAAUGUAUGUUACAACAAGGAUGAGUUUUCAGCUAGCUUCGCUUUCGUCCUAACUUGCAUGAUGGUUGAGCGUUGGUUUCAAAGUUACGCUGUGUGGACAAGCAGUUCAGUGAUGCAUGACGCGAGACUUGCAAGCAUGAUCAACGAAUCCAUAACUUAUAUGUGCCAUAUUAUUCGCUACAUUCGAUGAAUAACAUGAUUCAAUUUAAAGAAAUAUUCAUGCUACUCGCCGGUAAAUGCAUUUUUAAGAAUUUUACGGUAAUGUGUACAUGGAAUUUGACUUGCAAGUUUAAGGCGUACAAAACUGAAGUAAAGUAAAGACGCACUCAGAAAUAACUGUGGAAUAAUAAAAAAAUUUAACGGCUGAGUACACUUCUUUUUGGAUGCAUGCAUUUAGGACAUUCACAUGAAGCACCAACAAUUCCAUAUGCUCCUAAUACCAAGGUCAAAUUGAACUGAUAAUCAAUUUUUAACGUUGAAAAUAUCGUUUCACUUUCGUAUACAUGUUUCAAUGAAAUCCAUGCUAGAAAAUUUACAAACAAAUGAAUAUGAUAUUGUUAUAAGUUGAGAGUGAUAUAUAUUUAACUCAUCACAAUAUAUUUCUACAAAAAAUCAAGUUAAAAAAUUGUUUCUCGGUGUUGCUGGUGGGUGGCGCUUGAUAGGCGUCGAUGGUGGUGCUUCAGCUUGGGUGAUGCAUAUAUAGGCACCAACUCAAUUUACGUGUUAACUGGUGGGUGCUACAAGUAUUUCUGAUAAUGGCUGAAGUGCAGGAAAAUUCUAAGAAACACUCCUAUAUGUCGUAUAGAAGUCUUCAUGCACUAUAUUUUUUUUCUGGAGAGCGAGUUGUGGUAUGC